UAUUUUCUAACCUUAUAAUCCCAUUUGCUUUUAAGAAGUUUAUUAAAAAUAUAUUUGGGCUUUGUAAUAAGGCCCAAUUUGAAUGCAAAUCAUACUCAAAAAGUCACCUUUCCCAUCUCCAAUAGUAAAGGGAUCCUUUUUCUUUUUCUUUCUGCAAGUAACUUUUCCCAUUCUCAAAGCUAAAGCUCUAACUUCAGGGUGGUUUGGAAAAUGGAUGAGCUUUUGUCAAAUGAGAGCUCAAAUCGUAGUACUACAUGCAAUGAAGAAGGAGAGGAAGAUGAAGAACUUUGUCCAAUCUCAGGGAAGAAUCCCUUUUUCAGUCUCUUUAUGUCAAAGUCUAAUCUCAACCCUAAUUAUCGUCUGGUUGGUACUUCCAGCAAAAAUUCAUCCAGUAUUACCUUCACUUAUCAUCCCAGCUGUUCUUACAUACAAGAGAAAUAAGUGGACUAUGUUGUUCAAUGGAACAAGUCAGUUGCUCAAGAGAUUUGAUAACUCUUGGAAAAACUUUGCAGAGGACAACAAGUUAGAGAUUAAUGAUGCUUGUGUUUUUGAACUUAUAGAAAACAGCUCAACAAAUCUUGUUUUCAAAGUUCAAAUUCUCAGAGGUGAUUUACCCACUGAACUUCUUCCUAAGAUAAUUGAAACUAAGAUGGUUGGAACUGUGGAAUCUCCCAUUGUUAUAGAGUAGUAGAGUGUAGUAAUAAUAGUAAUAAUAGUAUUAAUGUAGUAGUGUGUAAUGUAAUAUGGGUUAUGUGAAGUUUAGCUUUAUAAUGUAAAAGCUUAUAUGUUGAUCUACUACUAGAACUUUUAUAUGAAAUGGAAAAGAAAAGGAAUGUUUAUUCUAGAAUUA